AUGAGCGAAGAGGAAUUGAGGCAGCAGAAGAAGGUGAACAACAAGUACCCGCCACCCAAAAACCCUGACAAGGAAGAGGUCUUGCGAGCCGGCGACGACGAUCACAACGAAUCGACAGAGGAAGAAGAGAACUCGGAACAAUCAACGGAACAAGAGGGAGACUCUGGGAAUUCGUCCGAGGAGAAAGGGCAGCCCAGCAAGCUACAUAAACUACCGCACGGCGUUAAGCAGGCUGCAAAAGCCGAUGUUGUUGGAUCCUCGGGGUCAGCCGCCUCACAGAGAAGAGGACAGCAGCAAGAUAUGGAUGCAAUGGCAGUGGAUGUUGUAGAAGGAGACCUGGAGACUUGGGUCGACAGAAGACUAGAUACAAUUGUCGAGCCUCAGCCACUGCAAACUCUUGACACGGUCAAGGACAAGGACAUGGUGUCGUUGGUGGGAUACAACUUCUGCGAUUGUGCUAAAGAUUGUCUUUUCAUCCAUGACACAUCAAAGUUGGAGCAACUGCGUCUCCCCAAGACGAUCCCUGGGUCAGUAAGGCUGGCGUACGAUCAGGUUGACAGAUUUGUGCAAGGUCAUUAUGGGCUGAAGGCCUCCAAAGAUCGAAAGGAAAUUAUCCAGAACUUGUUGUUCAUGCGCCUAAUGGGGUUUGCGGCAAUCUACACGGACCUGGGUAACCCUUUGUGUUACAACAGACGACCCUCUUACGCAUCAAAGCUGCUGCAGAGGGUCAUCGUUGAGUCACGCGUCCAAACACUGACAGAGAAUUUCGACUUGCAAGCACUGACGCCAGCAGUGGUAGUUUUCGAUCCAACGUCCACGCUGAGGAUGGAAUCCGUCCGAGAGCAGUGGGAAGCAGGGAACCCAGGUCUUUUGCUGGAGGCGGUGGAGCACUACACUGAGGGGCAAGAGACAGAGUUCUUCACAAUUGUGGGGAACCACUCCACCCAAGCGCAUGUCAAUUGCUCCACGAAGGACCCCAGCAUCAAGUUGAGGCGUGCCACAUUUGUGUUCUUCAGUGGCCAACUUACUGAUGACGACUUCCGGUUCCUUAGUCGGACAGAGAACAUGUCCGUACAGAGAGCGGCAAGCACGACCACCUACAAAGACCACACUGAGCCCCUGAACGUCAUUCCCUUCAUUCGCGAGUACUGGAAGCAGUUUGGAAGACCCCCAAGGCCACAGUCCUCAAGGAAGAAGAAUCGGACCAAAGAAGAGCAAGACUAUGCAGAUUUUCAAACCCUUCUACACGCCGUCCUUGAGCCUCAAGUAGGGGAAAGUACCGAAAAGGACGAGAAGGAACUGCAGAAGAAGAUGCAAGCCAUCAAAACCAAAUACCAAGCGCUGAAGCAAAAAGCCGCAAAGGAGGUGAAAGAAGCACAAGCCCGCAAACAAAAAUUGAAAGAGUUUGAGGCGUCCGAGCGCAAGGCCCUGUCGGAGGCACAACGGGACCUCGGCGUCAUCCGGUACUUUCAGGCGGACUUGAACAUUGCCAUGCUGCCAGACGAUGCUUACGUUUUGCUGAUGAACGUCGUGAAGCAGCUGGACGAUGGCAAAAUGUGUGGGAUUAAGGAGGGAAUCAAAGCUGAGCAGGUGCGCGUAAGGGUCAGCAACCCAAGAGAGAGUGUGCCCAAUUGGCAGGCGACUUCUACCAACAUGUGGUUCACCAACUUGAAGAGUUACGCAGAGUGGGGAGGGGGUUUCCAUGCAUACAAGAUGCUUAGGAAAGUGCUGGACGACCUUCUGCUAACAACAGAGAAGGCUGUGGAGUGGCGACGACGUUGCGAGUGCAUUGUUGAAUGGGACUGGUGGGUGGAGACGUCCUUGGAGGCUUUCAAGAGCGUGAAUUGUCGGCUACUGUGUCUCGCCCUGAAAAUGUCGGGCAAAGAGCCUCUUAAGAAGAAGGCAAUCGAGAACCAAGUACUGGCGUUUGCUCCAGAUGGUAGAAACAGGGCCCGUGAAUUAUACCAAGGGACAGUCGAUGCUGAUCUGGCCGGUCGUGGCUGGAUACACCAAUUCGUCCACCCAAUGUUUGCCUUCAACUCUAGGAAGUCCGAGACUGCGUUGGUGGCGAAGGCGUACUUUGACAAGAUCCUUGACGAAUGGAACAGAGUCUUCAAUCCGGAAGAGCAUCUGUCCAUCCUGCCGGAGCGAACACUGAAUGACAGUGUGCAACACCUCUUUGGGGAAGUUGUGAAGCGCACGCCCUCUACAACAAACCUGAUUUACACCGGAGCUGGGAAUGGCCUGCACUUGCUCACGGAGGAUGAACGUCUGUUCAUUACCCCGUUUUUUGAAGUGGCCAAGACCUGGCUUGCAAGCCAACCGUACCUCCUUUACUCACAUGCGCAGUACACCAACUAUCUGCAGAAUGCUCUCAUGGACCCUUUGCUCAGGCUGUUCUACACUGUGUGCACG